AGUCCGACAGUGUCUUUACAACGUUGCUGGCAAUAGCAAAUAAUUCUGGCCUGUAUUUCGCCCUGUCUUGGAGAAUAAGGACAAGCGGCAUUUCGCGUAUUUGUUUGAAGAAACUAUUCAGAGCCAUUUAAAUUUGUCAGCUCGCCUCCAUUUUCUGAAACAUACGAAUCAAGAUGCUGAAUGUAGCAAGAACAGUUUCAAGAACUCUCUACUGCUCUCAGAAUUGCUCGCAUAGUGUUUCCAGUUUAGUCAAAAAGGCUUGUUGGAAUGGGCUGACGCAAGAUGCUCUCCGAGCUGGAGCCAGGCGCGACUAUGCAUCAGAAGCAAUCAAAGGUGCAGUUAUUGGUAUUGACUUGGGUACCACAAAUUCCUGUGUGGCUGUCAUGGAGGGGAAACAAGCAAAGGUUUUGGAAAAUGCAGAAGGUGCAAGGACAACCCCUUCAGUAGUGGCCUUCACAGCUGAUGGAGAAAGACUGGUUGGCAUGCCAGCAAAACGGCAAGCUGUUACAAACCCGAACAACACCUUAUAUGCCACCAAACGUCUCAUUGGACGCCGCUUUGAUGACCCAGAAGUUCAGAAAGACAUGAAAAAUGUCCCAUACAAGAUUGUGCGUGCCUCUAAUGGAGAUGCCUGGGUGGAGGCUCAUGGCAAGAUGUACUCUCCCAGCCAGGCCGGUGCCUUUGUUCUCAUGAAGAUGAAGGAGACUGCAGAAAGCUACUUGGGCCACAAUGUGAAGAAUGCUGUCAUUACUGUCCCAGCCUAUUUUAAUGACUCUCAGAGACAGGCCACCAAAGACGCAGGUCAGAUUGCAGGCUUGAAUGUGCUUCGUGUGAUCAAUGAACCCACAGCUGCUGCUCUUGCUUAUGGGCUGGACAAAACCCAGGACAAAAUUAUUGCAGUUUAUGACUUGGGAGGUGGAACCUUUGAUAUCUCUGUUCUGGAGAUCCAGAAGGGAGUUUUUGAGGUGAAAUCCACCAAUGGAGACACUUUCCUGGGAGGAGAAGACUUCGAUCAGGCCCUUCUGAGGCACAUUGUGAAAGAAUUCAAGAGAGAGUCUGGGGUUGACCUGACUAAGGACAACAUGGCUUUGCAGAGGGUGAGAGAAGCAGCAGAGAAAGCCAAAUGUGAGCUUUCCUCCUCCUUGCAGACUGACAUCAACCUCCCUUACCUGACCAUGGAUGCAUCUGGUCCCAAGCACUUGAACAUGAAGCUGACCCGUGCUCAGUUUGAAGGCAUCGUGGCUGACCUGAUCCGCCGGACUAUUGCCCCCUGUCAGAAGGCUAUGCAGGAUGGAGAGGUCAGCAAGAGUGACAUCGGAGAGGUGCUGCUGGUCGGUGGCAUGACCCGUAUGCCAAAGGUUCAGCAGACAGUGCAGGAUGUUUUUGGCCGUGCUCCCAGCAAAUCUGUCAACCCUGAUGAGGCUGUGGCCAUUGGAGCAGCCAUCCAGGGCGGUGUUUUGGCUGGUGACGUGACUGAUGUUCUCCUGCUGGAUGUCACGCCAUUGUCUCUGGGUAUUGAGACUCUUGGUGGCGUCUUCACUAAACUCAUUAACAGAAACACAACCAUUCCCACCAAGAAGAGCCAGGUGUUCUCUACAGCUGCUGAUGGACAGACUCAGGUGGAGAUUAAAGUGUGUCAGGGUGAGCGUGAGAUGGCCGCUGACAACAAAGUCCUGGGACAGUUCACUUUGGUUGGUAUUCCUCCUGCUCCCCGUGGAGUGCCCCAGAUUGAGGUCACUUUUGAUAUUGACGCCAAUGGAAUUGUGCACGUCUCUGCCAAAGAUAAGGGCACGGGUCGCGAACAGCAAAUUGUCAUCCAGUCUUCUGGUGGCCUCAGCAAGGAUGACAUUGAGAACAUGAUUAAGAAUGCGGAGAAGUAUGCUGAAGAGGACAGGAGGAGAAAGGACCGCGUGGAGGCUGUGAACAUGGCUGAGGGCAUUGUCCACGACACGGAGUCUAAGAUGGAGGAAUUCAAAGAUCAGCUGCCAGCUGAAGAAUGCAACAAGCUGAAGGAGGAGGUUGCUAAAGUGCGAGAGCUGCUGGCACGGAAAGACACAGAGACUGGAGAGAACAUCAAGCAGGCCGCCACUAGUCUGCAGCAGGCAUCCCUUAAACUGUUUGAGAUGGCCUACAAGAAGAUGGCGUCAGAGAGAGAAGGCAGCAGCAGCUCGAGUGCUGGAGGAGAGUCUGGGGAGAAGAAGGAGGGACAGCAGUAGAGCCGUUGCACUUAGGAUUUAUGUGGAGUCUGUGGGACUUUGGGGCUUGGGAACUGAGACUUGUUAUCCUGAGCGGCAAUUACAUUCAAGUUAUUCUCACAUACUGUGUUUUGGCAGUAAAGUAUACAUUACCUUUAUCAUUGUAUGUUUUUCUCCCCUCCUCUUUGUAAUUUAAUAGCUCCAAACCAUAUAUUGUGUCAGAUAUAAAAAAAACAAAAUAAGUUUGUCUGCAUCAGUAGUAAAGUAGUACAGUGUCUAGUAAUUAUUUGUUGUCUGAUUCUUGAUAUCUUCCUCCAUCCUCUCUAAACAAACACGCAGUAAAUGAAAAUGGCCAUAUAUGAGACCUAACAAACACAUUUUCUCCAAUACUGAGUUUUAUUGGUCAUCAUUUCCAUAUACCAGUGGCCCAAACUUAUGUGCUGACAAAGGAUGUUUAGAGAUUGAAAUUUGAAUCUGGAGAUGUACUUCCCUCAGUGGCUUGAUUUGUCAUCAUGCAUAUUAAUGCAGUAAUUGUAGUUAAGAGAGGUUCUCGUCAAAGAACUGGCAAGCUGAGCUUCAUUGCGCUCGCGAGGCGCCAUGUAGAUCACUAGUGUUCUCAGGACCUCGGAUGCUUCUAGAUGCACCUCAAUGUGAGAUAUGAAUCUGAAGAUGAAGCUAACUAAAUCUAUAUCAGCACUAAAGAUAUUUAUCAGAUCUUUGGGUAUGCUGACUAACUACGUCAGGUAUUCUGUGCUGUAGUUUAGCUCGGUGUUACAGCUACAUACAGGAAAUCAAAAUUGCAAAUUGAUCUUAACCCCUUUUUUCCCCCCCCUUUACGUUCCUCUGAAGUAUGUGUCAUUAUGCUCACAAAUCAGAAUUGUUUGGACUGGUGUAGUGAUGAAAAGACUGGUAUUUGGUGACAUUGUUGAAUGUUGAACGUUUGAGUAACCUAUGGGUGGUUUAGAGAAAUAUUGAAGAACACCGAAUAAUGAAAUUGAGUUGCAGUCUUUUAUAAUAAAAUUUUCAAUUCCAACAUG